ACUCGUCGUCCACUCACAACUCGCUCUCAAAACGCAUCCUUCCCCGCCCAUGGGUCACGUGCUCUCCAUUCUCCCGCGUCUCUCUUUCCCUCGCGUCUUCAGCCUCAGUGCCUCUCACCGUCUCUCUGCACCCUCGCCAUGGACGCUUCACUCAAGGCCCUCAAGGUCGUCGAACUCAAAGAAAUCCUCCAGCAAGCCAGCAUUCCCCUCCAGGGAAAACAGAACAAGGCUGACCUCAUCAACAAGAUCCUCGCCUCCAAAUCCGCCAUUGACGUCUACAAUGCAAAGUACAAGCCUAAUUUCAAUGUUCCUGCACCUCAGCAGGACACCCCCGCUGCCCCAGAUGAAUCUGUAGCACCUCCUGAUGACAGGUCAGCAACAGCAGAGACUCUACCUGAACCUGCUCCCGUUAAAAACGCGCCCCCGCCGCCCGACCCCGUCAGCGUUCCUGCUGCCACUUCAGCAACAACAACCACUCCUGCUCCCUCCACUACUACACCCACAACCUCUGAAGAUCCUGAACUCGAAAGACGCAAAGCACGCGCUGCCCGUUUUGGCAUCCCCUUCGUAGAUCCCAAAACAUCUACUCCAAAGGGUCCGCGUAAAGGCGCAAAACAAGCUGCGGUCAUUGACGACCCUGAAAAGCUCGCUGCCCGUGCCGCGCGUUUUGGUACAAGUCCUCCGACUGCCCCGGCCGCAAACGGUCGUAACAACAAACGGCCUGCUCCACCUGUAGAAGAAGUUGAUGCAGAGGAAUUGGAGAGACGAAGAAAACGUGCAGAACGGUUCGGUGUUUCUUUGGCUGCUGGCGCUUCAUGAUGAGUUCUUCUUGGACAGCAUGCUUUCUUUCCUUUUUGCUGUAUUGUACCCUAGUGCUGUUUUCUUAUUGUCCGUCUUCCUGUACCCACUUAUGUUAGUUUUACCUGAUUCGAGUCUAGAGGUUCACUAGCUCAAUGUGCGCAUCCAUCGUAUAUCGUUGAAUGCUAAAUAUGCAGAUACAACGAGACAUUUGGGUUCCAAGUAUACGAUCCAUUCGUGAAUCUACAGGGGGUACUUUGUAUACGGAUAUAGGCCAUGGAAAUACGAACAGAGACGAGAACAAAGGGAA